UCAAGUACUCAAUACUCUUGAAUUCUUCUUCUUCUUCUUCUUCCUUUAUUUGAAAGCAACACAAUGUCGUCGAGCUUGUGCAGCCUGGUUUUGUUUCUCCUCACUGUUUGUGGGAUGAUAUCAGUGUCAUCUGCAACACUGAAAGUGGGGUUUUAUGGAGCAAAAUGUCCUGAAGCUGAGGCCAUUGUGAAGAAGGCUGUGAACAAAGCUGUUUCAAGGAAUCCUGGCAUUGGCGCUGGCCUUAUUAGAUUGCAUUUUCAUGAUUGUUUUGUUAGGGGUUGUGAUGCCUCAGUCUUGCUUGAUUCAACUCCGGGAAACCCUUCAGAGAAAGAACAUAUAGCCAACAACCCUAGCUUGCGUGGUUUCGAAGUAAUCGACGAAGCAAAAUCCGAAAUCGAAGCUAAAUGCCCUCAAACCGUUUCAUGUGCUGACAUUCUCGCCUUCGCGGCUUGUGACAGUGCCAAAAAACUCGGAAGUAUUACGUACUCAGUCCCUGCUGGGCGUCGGGAUGGUCGAAUCUCUCUCAAAGACGAUCCCUCUCUGCAUCUCCCCCCUUCUUUCUUCAAUUCUAGACAACUCCAAGACAACUUCGCUAGUAAAGGCCUUAGCCUCGAUGAAAUGGUCACCCUCUCCGGGGCGCAUUCUAUCGGUGUGUCACAUUGCUCUUCAUUUUCGACACGAUUAUACUCCUUCAAUGCAACUCAUAAACAAGACCCUUCCUUGGAUGCUAAUUUUGCCAAGGAAUUGAAGAAAAAAUGUCCAUCUUCAGGAGUUAGUAACAAGGAUCCAACGGUGGCACUUGAUGUUAUUUCUCCCAAUAGGCUUGAUAAUAAAUAUUAUAUGGAUUUGAAGAAUCACCAUGGGGUGUUGACUUCUGAUCAAACACUCUUGACUGGCCCAUUGACGGCUAGGAUUGUGAGGGAAAAUGCUAGACAUGGGUCGGCUUGGGCUCACAAAUUUGCCUCAGCCAUGGUUAAGAUGGGUUCAAUUGAAGUUCUCACUGGUUCAAAGGGAGAGAUUAGGAAGAACUGUAGGGUUGUGAACUAGAGUUUGGGAUUUUUUGCUAAUUUGUUUGUUAAUUAUUGCUUUGUUUUAGUUCUUUGAUUGUUGAUUGGUCAAGUGUAAAUUUGGAUUUAUAUGCUUC